GUUGUGCCUUGAGGAAAACGCGAUGAAGACAGAACUACUUGUUGGAAUCACUACAGCCGCAUUCUUCAUCGUUUAUUUCCUAACGAGAGCACGGUGCAGAAAACAGAACAAACGGCCUGUAAAACCUGGCACAGUUGUCUUGCAUCAGUUUCUUCCCUCGCCCUUAUCUUUGAGUGGCUCUCCGCCAUGUUUAAAACUAGAAACGUUCCUUCGCAUGGCAAAGAUUCCAUACGAGAGCAGAUAUGGCUUGAAAUUCUCUAAAAAGGGUAAAAUUCCGUGGAUUGAGUUUAACGAGGAAGAAAUCGCCGAUUCCAACUUCUGCAUUCGGUUUUUAAGGAACGAGUUCAAAGUUGACGUUGACUGCUCUCAUUUGAGCGACGCAGAAAAAGGACUUGCUCACAGUAUUCAAACCACGUUAGAGGAGAACACGUAUUGGGCCCUUUUUUAUUACCGCUUUUUUUCACCGGACUAUGCCAUGUAUACGCGAAUGCAGCUGUUUGGGCAUUUUUCCUGGCCACUCAGAUAUCUGAUAUUCUACGUUAUACAGAAGCGAUGUAGAAGAGAUGUGUGGUCUCAGGGCAUUGGUCGACACUCCGAACAGGAGAUCUAUGAAAUAGCUGAGAGGGAUCUUCUUGCAGCGUCCGCAGUUUUGGGGGAGAAGAAAUUCCUCUUUGGAGAUAAACCCUGUCUCGCUGAUGCUGUCCUUUUCGCCUUUGUUGCAUGUGCCUCGUGGAAUUGUCCUCAAAGUCCUUUUGCCCAGCUCACCAAGACUAAAGCGACAAAUCUUGAGCGGCAUGCUCAGCGAAUGAAAGAACUCUACUAUCCCGACUGGGAUGAAAUCACUAGGAAGCUUAAAUCUGACUGAAUUCUUGGCAUCGUAGAGAUUUUUUUUUUAUUCCUUAUACUGUUUAUUAUUUUAAUUCAUAACUAAAAAUUCUGAAUGACUUUGUAUAAGAGUACUGGCAAAGAACAUGCGUGGAUUUGCUCACGAUUAAUACUAAAUCUUUGUACCGAUUGAGAGCCGUUUUGCAAUACAGUAAGGUUAUAACAAAGGAAUAGGGCGCUACAAAUGUAGUCGAAACAAAGAUGAUUCCCUAUAUUACACUCCAUUGUUAAUUCUAAUUAUGAUAAGCAAUGGUAAUAGACAGGUUGGUCGGUAAUCAUGCGAGCGGUAACAAAAUCGGACGACCGCGCAGCGGAUUCGUAUGAUUACAGACCGAAUUGAACGACACGAAGUCCUGUUACCAAUUAAUCAUAAAAUUUACUGUUUCCGAUAAAAGGAGAAUAGCCAAAUUAUGAGAUUCUAUACAAUGUUCUAUGGUAAUUGAAAUCAUGUUUGUGAUCGCAUGAUUGGUUGAUGUAAACUACAGCUUUAAAUGUAACAUAUUGAAUUGUUCGAUAACAACUUGGCACGUGAAUUAGAGGAAAAUACGAGUUUUUUAAACCAAUUACAAUCGAGGAAAAUGUAAUUUUUAUGAUUACUAGGGUAAAAAUGGUGACAUAAUAUUCUAAAUCUACUGUUAUCUAUGUUAUCAAGAAUAUGGAGCACUAAGAACCACUAAUGAUAAACUAUUUACAGCACAGUACUUACGAUCACAGGAUUUUAAGAAUAAACUAUUUAAAAAGCAGAAAUUACAAAAUGAUGCUAAAAAUA